AUGAUUAGUGAAGAUUUAUUUAAUACAAAUGUGGAAAACAAUUCAAAUAGUUUUUAUGAACUUGGAAAAGAUAACAAAGAGACUACUGUUCGAGAAAUUGAUGGAAACUGGGAGGUGAUCAAUUCACCCAAAUGUAAAUCAGAUGAUAUUUCAGGUAUCAACCGACUAUUAUGUACGCUGGAAAAUAAAUUUAAAUCUAUAAAUGUAUGCACCACACCCGAAGCAUACUUAAAAACACUGUCUAAAGGAUCAAAGAACAAUAAUCCAGAAAUAUUAAGAUUGCUUAGUAUAAUCGAAAAUGCAAAAUCAAAAAAGGUUAAAUGUUUUAACAAAUGUACUUGUUUUGAAGGAACCGUUGGUCUGAAUGACAAAAUACACCAAAUGUUUUGGAUUACAGAAGUAAUUUUGAAUGUUUGUUGUGCAAAGCUUAUUGGAAGAAGUAUUGUUGGAUUUUACUUUAAUUGCACUAUUUGAAUAGCUAUUUUUUGUCAUUAUAUUUUUCAAAUAAUUACAAUCAAUUACAUCAAUUAAUUUCAAAAAAUUACUAAACAAGUAGACUAUGCCCACGAGGAUACUACUUGGGGAAAAAAAAUGAGCAGUUUUGUAGUAUCUCGAAGUUUUGUAAUUAUCAAAACUAAGGUGGUGGGGAAAUUUGCAUAAUUCUUCAAUUUUAUAAUUUUAAUUGUCUAAUAUAAAAUGUUAUAAUUUGUUAAGUUUUAUAUGACAGAAUUAGAUGUCAACGACAUAGGUAUUUAAUGUAUUUAAUUGGAUAGUGAAAUAUGUGAGUUUUAUCUGAUGAAAUAUCAUCUUUAUCUAGAAGAGAAAACAAAAUAUCCACAGACAAGAAUAAAGAAAAAAAAAUAAACAGCAUUGUAAAACAAAUAGCUCCUUUGAAUAAUUGAACAUGGCAGACUUUCAAAUUUUAGUUAGACAAUAAAUAAUUAAAUUAAAAAAUAAUAAUGCAAUUUUAGGUAAGCAACAUCCGUACAGAAUUGAACAUUGGCAAUAGAAUUUCAAAAAUCGUUUAAAAAACACAUUUUCAGGUGCUAAGUAGGCAACUUGUUUAACCAUUGACAGUUCAAUUUCUGGAGUUCAACAGGCAAAAUUGUAUACGAAAUUGGAAACCACUGGGCAUUAUUAUCAAAUAUCACCAGCGUGAUAUACGAUGUUCCAUGUUGGUAUCAACGGCAUAUCGCACACUUUGCCAUGAGCAUAUAAUCACAUUUUAUCUAACUGUUUAAGACAGAUUUCCAUUACAUUUCUAUCAUCUAUUUAAAUAUUGAAUCAAAUCCCUACAAUUGUACGUUCUUAGUUUCUCCAUGUCAAAGAGAGUUGUGAAUUUGUGCGUUCUAUGGUCUGCUUGUUAAAAUAAUUAGUUUUCCAAACAAAAAAGGAUAUUUCACAGUGGUCCUCGAAUUCGUAAACGGCUUACGGAAAUGAACUAAACGAGUGAGUACUUCUUUGUUUUAAUGUAAAGCCGCGUAUACACUUGCGAGUCGAAUGGCGAAUGGACCAUAAACCAUGCGUGCCAUGUUCGCCAUUGUCCUCGUAUACACUUGCAAGUUCCUUGUGAACUAUGGAACGAGCCGAACAAACAAUAUUAGGGUUAGUACUUCAUGAGACAUCGAAAACUCCGUCAAGUUUACAUUCGGUUUUGUUUGUUUGGCAAAAAUCCGACCUCCUGUGGUUUGCCACGAGUGGUCGGUUUGAUGUUCGAUGCUGUUGCAGUUAUGUCGCUAACUGCGCGCAAGUGUAUUCAUUGAUAUAUGUUUUUUUUUUUUUUUUUUUUAUGAACAUGUGUUGUAAUAUUAUAUAAAGUUAUUGUUUAAAUAAUUAUUAUUUCCGUAAAGGUCAAGGUGUACCGGGCAACAUUAUAUCAACCUGUGUUAAAGUGAAGACUCAGACGAACCACAAUACCAUUAACACCACUAGGUAUAAAUAUCAAAUUUAAUAAUUUAUUUUACGGUUCCCAAGGACCGACACAUUUAAAAUAAUUAUUGUUUAUGUUUGUAUGUAUAUAACUUAUCAAGAAACGUACCUUAGACAAUUUCGCUUUUGAAUACACCAUAAAAAAUCCUUAGUUUUACUAAAACAAAAUGCCCUUGCACUAAUAUCAUCAAUGUGUUAAUUCAUAUUUAGUAGUUGAAGAAAACAUUUAAAACACUAUAUUACUAAUUUAUUAAAUGUAAUUUUAUUAAAGUGUUCACAUAUAAAUUGAGUAAAAAUACCAAAAUUAUCAAUACAAGUUUCUAUUUAAAAUAUUCUUUUCUUGCUUUGUUUGGUGCAAGUAUCCAAAUUCUCAAAUAAAAGUUUUUAUAAAUGUAAUUUUCUAUUGACAUAAUUGUAAAUACAUUCAAUCUAUCUUCAAACUAUGUUAAUCUUUUUUAGAACCGUCUUCUGAAAUUGGAUAAUCCAAUAACAUUUCUUUUGUAAAAGAGUUUUGCUAUAGCAUCACAAUUUUCUAUAUCUGAGGGAACUGCAAUUUUCAUAUGUAUUAUCAUAUGUAUUAUUCAUAAUAAAAGCUAAAUAUUUCUGUUUUUAAAUUUGGUUAAGUACCUAGUUAAAAAAAUACAUUGUAGUUAAAUUAAUAGCUUUUUCACUACAUUCAAAAUUUAAAAUAUUAAUUUUAUACCUAGGUAACUUAUAUUUAUUUUAUUACAACUUAAAUUAGUUACUGCAAAAUAAUUUAGACUGCAAAAAUUCCUUAAAUUGAAUUAUAACUGGUACAGUAGUACCAGUAUGAUACUAUUUAUAAAUUAUAAUAAAAUUACUGUGAUCAAAAAUAAAUACAAUAGUUAAAACAGGUAUUUCAUAAAUUGGAUAAAUUUGAUUAAUUAUUUUUGUUUGUAUUAUUAUGUAUUUAUUAUUAUUCACUGGGUAUGUAUUUUUAUAAUCUAUUUUACCAGUUAUGCAUAUGCAAAUAAGAUAAAAUAUUCAAAUUGUUAUAAUUCAGCCAUAUUUAACUUAGAAAAUAAUGUCAACCAUUAAAAUUCAUUAAAAAAUACAAAAAAAUAAUAAUUUGUGGUCAAAAAAGAGUGAUGCUACUAAAAAAUAAAAAAUUAUUGUGCGCAUAUGCAAAAUUAACUGUCACAAAAAUAGACUUAAUUUUUUGAAUAGGUGUAAUUAUGUUUAUUAGUUUGCCGAAAAAGUAAAAUUGAAAUACAUGAAGCCUACAUAUAGUUAUUCAGUGUUUCCACUUAUCGUAAUCAUACUGUAUAUUGUAUUAUUUAUACACUAUAUUAUAUAUUAAAUUAUUAUUUUUUUAUUUAUUAUUUAACAAUUUACUUUUGUUUUUUUUUUUCUUAAGAAUGGCUCCUAAGAAGAAACCCAUGAAUGCAUUUGGAAUGUACAUGUUAGAAACUCAACAGUUAUUGUCAAACAGAGGGAUAAAAAUGAGUAUGGCCGAUAUGCCCAGCCAUUGUAAAGAAAACUGGGAAAAAAUGCCUGAUCACAUCAAAGGACAGUAUAAAGUAAAGGCCAAAAAUGCGCUAAAUGGAAGAAAAAUAGAUAAAUAUACCAACAUUGGUGAAAAAAUAGAAGAUGUUCAAAGAGAAUCGGAAAAUGUUAAAUUACUCGCCAAUGCCAUGUACCAUUACAUUGAAGAACUAGUUCAAAUGGAUCCACCUUUUUAUUUUCUACCUAAACAAAAAUUCAUUUUUAUAUUUGUAAAUUCCUAUUGUUGUGAAAAUGAAUCAUUUCAUUUUCCCGCUGAAGUGACAAUGGUUGAGUUUUCUUUAGAACGAGGAUUAAUACGAAUCAUUCAUGAGUUGCUAGGUUUUGACAAAAUCAAAACAUCUGCCCCAGUGGCGCCAACAGCAGACAUAAACUUACAUGCUAAAAAUAAUCAUCAUAUUACCACAUUUACCAAGCUACCCAUUAAUUAUAAAGCUACCUUUUUCAAACUGAUUAGUAAGUAUAAUUCCUAAAAUUUAUCAGUGCUUGAAUUGGGAGGAUUCAACUAAUUUUUUUAGAAAUUUUAGUGUAGGUUUACUAUUUAUUUAAAGUGAAACACAUAGAACACAUUUUACAUUUUCAUUAAAAUUUGAACUUUUGGCAUUUCUAAAAAAAAAAAUUACUUUAUUAUGAGGUUUUUUUUUCUACCAAUUGUAACUCAUGAUAACUUUGUGUUAUAUUUUCCAGAAUUUUCUCUGGGCCAAUAUUAUUUUAAUCUCAUAAAACUAAAUAAAAUCAUACAAAUUUCAAAUAACUGAAAAAUUACCAGUAUGCUAUGAAUAAGGCUCAGAAGUUAUGGGAGUGGCAAAAUAUGCGAACAAUUAUUCAGUUUAUUUUCAAAAAUAUGUAAUUUCAUAAUUAAUUUACACAAACAAUUUAAAGAUUAAAUGUGAAUCAUGCACAAAUAGAUUAAUAAUAGACUCAGACGAUAAGCAAUAACAAUAAAUAACUACAUUAAAUAAUAUUGAAUUUUAUAUUCAAAUUUUAUUUAAAAUACAUUUGAAAAUUGAUGAAAUGUGCACGUUUUUUGUUAAAUUAACAAAAUAUUAUUUUUUUUUAAGCUCCAUCGUAUAGAAAGAAUUUUUAAUUCUGCUAUAAAUCCAACAUUUACAGAAAAGUAUGCAAUUUCUGUAACUUCCAGGCUCUAGUUAUGAAACUUGUAUCAUUUAUGGAAAAAACUGUAUUCAAGAGAUUAUAUCUAUAUAAGUAUUCAGUGAAAUGUUCAUCUUUCAUGAUUAUUCAUUCAGCCUCGCUGAAUCACAACAAUUAAAUAAAACUGAAUAUAACAGAUACCAUAUUGUGUAAAUAUUAAAAGUUUUUAUAGGGUUUCCCCAUGAUUAAGAAUACUAAAGUAAAUCAAAAAAUAAUCUUAUUGCACUAACUAGAUAACAUUUUCUACUAGCAACUAUUACCCCUAAAAUUAAAAAUCUGAGCAAAAUUGUUGGGAAAAAGGUUGUUCACAUGCAUAGAAAAAAUAAAAACUCAUCAUAGUAGAAUCCUAAUUAAAUGAUAUAAUAUAUUAUGUAAGCAAAAAGUUAACCUAUAGUAAUGUUGGUAAUUUUUUUUUUUCGGAAUUUAUUAAUCACUGAAUUAUGUUUAAAAAGUGCUGCCACAUGUUAAUUUCAAUAACUGCAAAGGAUGCUAAUCCUUGUUUUAAGUCUAUAUCCCUCUUAUGUUUUUUCAAUUCGAGCACUGAAAAUUAUACCAACUAUCAUUCAAAUGUAUGAUUUUUUAUUUAGGUUUUAUUGUCGAAAAAGAGGUCGAUGAAGAUAUGUUUAAUGAUCCUUCUUUUGACAUGCCUCCUAUAUAUACUGCACAUGAUACUACAGGAAAUGAUCUUUCAGUCACAUUCAGUAGUUUGUAUCAGCUCUACCAAAGUGCUGUAAGCUCUCCUCUGGAUAAAGCUGUUUUCGGUAACAUUUUUAAAGUUUAUCAUUUGGAUAAACUAUUUAUGGAAAUAAAAAAUAAAGCUUAUAGCUUAGUAAACCCAGACUGCAAAGACAAGGCAUUACCUUCUGUUGCACUGGCUUCAGAUAGUUUAACUAAAGAUAUGUUAAACGCAAUUAAAAUAAUUGGUUGCACUUUCCACGAUAGACUCCAGCAAGCUCAUGUUUGUAGUAACUACUUUGUCUGCAAGUGGAUUUACAUUUUCUCGACUCACUGCUGUCAUUAUUUAAAUAUUAAAUUAAAGCCCAGCUUUCAUUAUGAUUUUGAUUUGUCUUAUCUGGAAAUUCCAAUUGUACAUGAUGUCAGACAAAAUAUUGAAGAUUUAGAGAUUUCGAAAAGUUAUGUUACUAGUUAUGAAAAACAAAAGAAAAAAGAUGCUAACAAAUUCCCAGCUUUAGGCGGGAAACCAACAGUAGUUCAACAAACAACCUGGGGUAAACCAAACAAACCAGCUGAACCACUUGUACCUAAUAAAAAGAGUAAUAACUUUCCUCCAUUGAGCAGUUCCAACAAAAAUGCUUUAGAACAUACUUCUAUAGUUAACAGCUGGGGCCAAAGUGCAAGUCGUGAAGGAGAAACUAAAGUUAAACCAACUAAAGAUAAACCACCUGUAUCCAAUAAUAGUAGUGACUUUCCUCCGCUGGGUUAA